UGGCUUACGGACUCCAAAGCUCACCAAGUGGUGGAGCUUUUCACUUGCUUCUGCGGACUACUACUGGUGAUCGUCUACAUCGCGGUCAUCACCUAACGAACCAUCACCGAACCCCACUAACACUACUAAACCGGCUAACCCUGGACGGUUCCCUCAGACGAACGACGAGGCUUCAGCAGUAGAGGUAGCAGCGAAUCCCAGAACUCAAAAUGUUCAAGAACCACUUAGAGAUGAUUGGCCGCAAUGAGACGGCUUCCAAAAAAGCGAAAUUCUGGCAGUCCUUUGUCGGAUCCCUCAAAGGAUCACAAGACAUAAGAGCCAGCGAGCCGGUCCGGGCCAAAGGCAUCUUCCGCCCACUGAGCGACCUGCCCGAGCUGGGCAGCGGGUGGCCGUUCGGCAAAUCGAUCUACGACGAUCCGAUCCACGCUGCUGAACGCAUCCACACCCCCGGUUACAGAUACGACCCCUUGCACCGGGACACCUACGGGUACUCUCCUCGUCCGAUCUACCCCCACAACUACGGCUCCCUCGACAGAUACCGGCCCGUGUUUCAUAUAACGAAGCCACGGCCGUUCGACGCUGACAAGGCCUGGCAGGACCACAUCGACCGUGUCAAAGGACGCGAACCCAGCCAGUGGCCCAGCUCCAUCUUCCACACUACAUAUCCCUUCAGCCGUUAUCCUCUCUAUUUGGUGUACAGCAAGAGACCACCCCCACCAGCAGCUGACAAAUACGAUCCUCACAAGGCUUGGCUCGACCAUUUGGACCGCCUUGCCGAACUCGACAAACUCUACCCGAGCCUCUGGCCAAGAUGGGGACGAAGCUAUUCUCCUACACCAAUCAAACCUGGUGAAUGGGGCCCCCGCCCUUCUGAAGUCGCCUACAACUACGCCGGUCUUCCGAUUUACCACCGGGCUGGGCUAUUCCCAAGUAAGAGACUGUACCGCGACCUGCUGAAUCCCUCCCCCUUCCUCCCAAUAUCUUCGAUAAUCAAUGAUCCAUUCUGGUGGGACUCCCCCUUGUUGAGGCCUUACUCACCCUUCAACCCGUGGGGCAAGUCCCCGUUCUAUCUCCGCGACUCGUACCUAUCCCCAGUCAAGAGGACGUACCUGUGGGACAAACACCCCAUCAGGCCGUUCGCUGCUGUCUACUAAGUGGAAGGGAAUCUGAUACGGAGCCGCCAUCGCACGCAAAAUCUCACAAUUAAUUGCGACUGACUGAACAGAAAGCUUUUACACUUGUUUUUACAUUUAUGAACAAGUGUUCAUGCAAAGUGUUCAUUUUGUUUUACAUUAUGUUCUUUUAUUUCAAUUUUAUUUUCAAAACAAAAAAAAUCUGCCUAUACAAAAUUGUGCCUUAAAUUAUACAAGGAACAAAGUGAAAAAAAAAAACGAAUAAAAAAUUGUUAUUUUUUUAAAUAGUUUUAUUCGACUGCAUCUUCACAGUGGCUGUUUUAGUUGCCUGAAAACGUGUCUCGCAUUCCAUCGAUGCCGGUGGGUCAUUGGAAGAUGCAGAAAUAAUUAAUCGUUUACUUAUAUGUGGCAUGUUAUUAAUAAAUUCUACCAAAAAAACCAAAA